UUACCUGCCUCCCACCCAGGGCAGCUCGAUCCCACUGCUCCCCGAGGGCUGUGGGGCUGGAGGGCAGCAUGAGGCUGCUGCUGCCGGCAGCGCUGCUGUGCCUGUCCCUGGGGCUGGGGCACUGCUCCGAGGGGGCAGCGCAGGAGAGCACCGGCCAGCAGGAUCCACGGGCAGAGUCAUCCUACUCCGACUGGGGCAUCGACACCAUCCGGGACAGCUUCGAAACGGUCAACAGCUACUUCGACUCCUUCCUGGAGCUGCUCGGGGGGAAGAACGGGGUCUGUCAGUACAGAUGUCGGUAUGGGAAGGCUCCGAUGCCGCGGCCUCACUACAAACCCCAGGAACCCAACGGCUGCAGCUCCCACUUCCUGGGGCUCAAGGUACCCGAAAGUCUAGAUUUGGGCAUCCCUGCCAUGACCAAGUGCUGUAACCAGCUGGACAUUUGUUACGACACCUGUGGGGCCAACAAGUACCGCUGUGACGCCAAGUUCCGCUGGUGCCUCCACUCCAUCUGCUCCGACCUCAAGCGCAGCCUCGGCUUCGUCUCCAAGGUCCAAGCCUGCGAGUCCGUGGCAGACACCGUGUUCAACGCCGUGUGGACCCUGGGCUGCCGGCCCUUCAUGAACAGCCAGAGGAGCGCCUGCAUUUGCAGCGAGGAGGAGCGGGAUGAGCUGUGAGGAGCAGCAGCCGCUGCCAAGGAUCCCCUCCCCGCACAGUGACUCCUGCCAUCCCUCUGGGACUGGGGGGACCUGGGCCAUGCCACUCACACCAACCACAGCCCGUGGGCAAAGCGGGGACAGCCUGGGAACACGGGGCAGCCGCAGUUCAACAGCCCUGCUGCCCCUUCCCAAGGCCAGCAGCCUGGCAGAGCCGAUGCCAAUCUUCUCCAUGGACUGACCAGGGGAGGCAAGCAGGAUGCAGUGCUGGUUAUAAACAAGAGGCUUUACCUUGAACACACAUCUGUGAGCUCCCCCUGCUCUGGAACUCUCUAAUUUGCAGUGCGAGGCAUCAGGUUUCUGCAACUCCUGCGGAAUUCCCGGUCCAUGGACACGCUAUUUACAUUUUUCCACCACCGGUGACAGACUGAAGAGGGGUAAUUUGCUUUCAGUACAUUUUUCCACCACUGGUGACAGACUGAAGAGGGGUAAUUUGCUUUCAGUACGUUGCUCACACCCAUCCCUGACGUUUUCCAUCCCAUCACUGCACACCCUGACAACCCUGCAUAUUUAAAUAUUUGGUGGAUCCUAAAACAAUUUAAAACAUCUGGAGAUUUGAUAAACACAAGAAGGACCUGAGGUGUUUGUGACAAAGGCAUAACUCACAUCUGGGACCAAAGCCCAUCACUUCUCAGAUGCAAAAUCACAGCCCUCCCCCUCCAGUCUCAGGAGAUGAAGCUGCUUUUCUUUGGCAGUGUCAUCCACAUCUAUUCAAUUAUUUUCCUCCCAUACCAUUUAACAAAGCUUUUCCUUUUGGAUCCCUUUGACACGAAAUGGCUGGGUAUCCACUCCCAUCUUUUGCACAAGGGAAACAGGAGGCUCCCAGUGGCCUUGGAUGAGAUAUUCCAAAUUCUGGAGGCUUAUCUGUCAGAUGACAGGGCUUACGUGCUACCUCUAUGGGGCUGCUAUCAGCAGCCUCAGACACCGCCCCUUCUAAAACGUGGUUAAUGCUCCCCAUCUGUUGUGGGGAGCUUUUAUUGCAUGCAAAAUUAGAAUUUAAAGUGGUAUAUGGCAUCUCAUCUCCACCUAGCAUUGGCAGACGGCUUUCAGAUGGGUUUCUUGUUGCAAGGAAGUUGUUACCGGGUGCUCGUGCCGUGCCAUGUAAAUAUUUCAGCAGCUUCUGCAAACAUAUUUAUGGUUAUGUUCUUCCAUCUGCCACGGAGAAGUUUAGGCUGCAGAAGGGUGAUUUAACCAGAGUGGAAAGAGUCUGUCUUAGUUACCUUUCUUCCAGUUUGGGUCUAAACGUGUGCACAGAGCUAUAAAUUAAGCAAGCCCCGUAUUUCUGUUCUCGGCAGCCGUCUUUGCUUCCCAGAGAACAGCAAUGAGGUGUUCAACCGGCCCCAAACAGGCUGAGACAACGAGAGCCCACUAGUAUCCAGACCAGAAAAAUGGAAGUGACUGCAGGGGCUGUUUUCUGUUAUGGAGGACCUUAAUUUACACUGAUCAGAUGCAAUGACAUCCUUUCCCAGCUGGGCUAAUGCCACUGGAGAGGAACAUCGCUGUGUGUGUCUGUCUGUUCAGACAGCCUUGCUUAUCCAUCUAAGAAACACACGCUUUUGCCUGGGGAUGGGAAGGAAACGUCCCUCAUUCCAGACACUUCCCAAACUCUGCAAUUUGUUGGUGAAAUGGUGCCUGUUGCCUGUUGAAAUGUGAACAUCCUCUUAUGAUUAAAUGACAAGGAAAUUAAAGCAUCCAUAUUAUCCAUGCUCAACGGCCAACUGGCUGGCAAAUGCCUUCAAAUAUUUUACAGUUCAAAUGACAUCAGAUUAAAGGCAAGCAACUGCUGGCAGGUAAUGAUAUACACUGGAGAAAUCAAAGGGUGCUGAACAGAAUCUCUCUGUGCAGACACUGAUGCGUUGGAGAUGACGCUAACAUAAAUCAGAAUUUCUUCAGGCCCAAACCCUAGGUCAGUGCACGAGCCUUGGGUCACCUUCACUCCCACCCUGCUCCAGACAGGAAGAUGACACUGAGCUCACCCUGUGGCUUCUCGUGGACUUCGUGUCUUGGCAGGAUUUUUUUUCACCUCCUUCCUGACUUCAACCCAUUCAGCCAAUGGGUCCUCCACUGACAGCAAUCUCUGCUUCCACUCUGUUCCCUUCCCCAGGCAGGGACCAGGACAGCAGGUAAAUAGGUUUUUACACCUGGGUAUUCCAAACCACAGAAAUCUUGGAUAUCCCAAUCCAGAUUACUGAGCUAAAGAGCUGCAGAGUGGAAAAGCUGCUUCAUGUGAAUUUACCAGGAAGAGCUAAAUAAGCUGCACAAUAACUGAAAUAAGCCAGGAAAGGAACCUCUCCCUCCAUCACUCCCCCACAUCCCUCUCACACGAACAAACACCACUGGUUGCCUCUCCAGAAGGCCCCAGAUCAUUAACUUAAUUUUCCAGCACUUGUUUUAUCAAAACAAGUAUAUUUAGCAAGGGCUGCCUGAACAAAGAAGUGACAGCAGGAAACUGCCCAUGUGGUCCUAAUGCAGAUGUGAAUCAGCAGAACAGCAAUCCUAGGAGGAGGUUUUUUCCUCCCUUUUUCUUUCACAUAUGGCUAGAUAACACAUGAACAGUGUCUUUCCACUUAGACCUACUUAUCAUCAUAGAAAUGAUGAUUUACUCUAACACAUACACAUAUUCCCAGAUUGGAAAAGCAGCCAUGGAGCCAUUUAGAAAAGUCAUGAAACUCUCAGCCCAUUAAAUGCCCAUUCCUCACUGGAAUCUCACUUGCCAGAACAAAUAAAUCCAUGAAAUGGAA